AUCACCUUCUUUCUGAAGUAAUGGACGUUGGGACAGUUUUUAGGUUUUGCAAAUUUUGUUUAUAUCUACGACAAUCGCGCUUGUAAACUUUUGUUAUUACUUUUAAAAUCGUUCCCAUUGCACAAUUAUGUAGUGCGUGUAUUAAAUAACGAGUGUAAUAGCGUGUAUAACAAGUUUUCACGUAGGUUUGAUCUGCACCAUUUUAUGUUCAAUAGAUUCGUUGAUACUAAGCUAAAUUUUUUUCUUACGAUUGUUGUUUUAUACGCAUUAUAGUUGCUAAUAUUAAGUUUUAACUUCAUCGUAAGGUAUAUUAUAAGUGGUUUCGUGCAAGUUUUCUUGUGUCGUAUUUCUAGCAAGUAAUUCGUGUAUAAAAAUGGAUUCUAUGCAUUAGGUGGCUGAUAACCAUGGCCCUCUGUGAAAGUCAGCUCGAUUCCGUCAUGCAGCUUCAGGAUGCGCGGGAGAGCAGCUCUCCGGAUAAGAAACCGAAGGUGGAGCCAAACGGUGACAUAUAUGGAUUGGAUAAAGCACCCCCGCUCCCGCUGAGCGUCGACUACCGCUCCCCCGUCUCCCACUUCAUACCCCCCGCCGUGGAGUUGUACGCGGCGAGGCACAAACCCGAAAUAAGCGUCGUGCCCGAGAGCGUGCUAAUGCCGGCGAAGCGAAAGCGCGGAAGGCCGCGCGUGGACAAGACGUCGCCGGAGUACCUGGCGAACUUGGCCGCGAGGAGGCAGGCCAAGGAGAUGGCGGCGGUGUUGUCGGUGAACAGUCCGUCGGAGAGUGGGGAGAAACGAAAGCGCGGCCGGCCACGCGUCGACAAGACCAGCCCCGAGUACUUGGCCAGGAAACGGGCUAGGGAAUUGGAAGCACUGGAAAGGAAGGCAAAAAAGGAGUACAGAAGACGCACUACAGCUGAUUCGGCGGCGUCCUCAUCGGCCGGCGAAUCGACGCCGCGCGUCAAAAGGAAGUAUACAAAACGGACGCCAAGCGCCAAGAAGGACGGGAAUUCAUCCACGGAGCGCGUCAAGGGUAAGCGAGGCAGACCUCGUAAGAUCGAUCAGCUGACGGCUAAGAAUCCACAGGAAGGGAAGAUACGGGUGCGCAGUAACCUGAUGCCCGUCAACGCGGAGCCGAUACCGGUGGAUAGCGACGACGAGCCGGAUCUGGGUUCACCGAGCCAAGCGUCGGAUUCAUUAAGUCUGGACGAGAACCUGCGCGCGCUGAGGCAUAUACACGAGAAAUACGCGAACAUAGAUAAGGACGACCUGUACGAGGCGCACCUGCUGGCCGCGAACUUCAAGAAACCGCCCAUGGACCAGGUGCAGAGGCUGAACAGGGACGACGACGACGUGCUGUCCGUGAGGAGUUCCGAGGGGUGUGCGUCGGUCAAGGAGAUGGACACGAGAGUAGAGAAGUUGGAGGACAGCUCGAAUUCCGACUCGGACUCGAGUUCGGAGUCGGGCAGCUCCAGCUCCGGCUCGAGUUCGUCCUCCAGCUCGGACAGCUCGGACUCGAGCAGCUCGGACAGUGAGCGCGAAGACGCGCCCGCGCCCCGCGCCCCCGCCGCCCCCACCGUUCCCGCUGCCCCCGCCGCCCUCGAGCACGCGGCUGACGACAGAUCGUUCGGCGCGUGGUCGUACACGCGCACGUCCGGCACCAACACGGAGUCCGGGUCCGACUCGGAGCCGGACCCGGAGCGCGCCGCCGACGCGCUGGCGCCGCCGCCGACGCUGCCGACGGACGAGAUCAGCGAGAGCGACAACGAGUCGGCCGACAAGAGCUUCCAGUGUCACAUAUGCAAGAAGUGGUACUCGACGCGGGUGACGCUCAAGAUCCACCGGCGCGUGCACCAGAACCGCGGCGGCGGCGCGAGCCGCUCGCGCGCGCGCGGCUCCGACCGCUACGAGUGCGACUGCUGCAGCGAGACCUUCGCGCGCCGCGAGAAGCUCGCGCACCACAAGUGA